ACGUGUGAAAGGCGUGGGAAAAGUCGCCAGUCAGAAGUCCAGAAAGAGAAAGUUCGCCUCCGCCAGCGAAUCAGAGGCAGGGGAACGUAGGGUUUGUGCGCGCGCGCGCGCGCACUGUGGCCAAUCCGAGGCAAGAACUGAAAGGCCUCCGGGUCUUUUCCCAUUUCGUGGCCCAGCCUUGAGUGGGUGUCCAGUCCUCGCACGACGAGGGCGGGUCUCUCAGUUCCUCGGCCAAUCGAAGGGCGCUGCAGGGCGCAUGCGCACGGCAGGUGACGCGCGCAGUAAGGGGGAGGCGUGGGCGCGUCCCCGACCCAGGAUUUAUAAAGGCGAGGUCUGGACCGACGCGCGCUCUCGUCGCCUUGGCUGUCCCGGCGGCGCCAACCUAACUGCCCCGCCCGCUGCCGACGUCCGACAUGCUGAGCCGUGCUUUGCUGUGCCUGGCCCUAGCCUGGGCGGCUAGGGUGGGCGCCGACGCUCUGGAGGAGGAGGACAACGUCCUGGUGCUGAAGAAGAGCAACUUCGCAGAGGCGCUGGCGGCGCACAACUACCUGCUGGUGGAGUUCUAUGCCCCAUGGUGUGGCCACUGCAAAGCACUGGCCCCAGAGUACGCCAAAGCUGCUGCGAAACUGAAGGCAGAAGGCUCUGAGAUCCGACUAGCAAAGGUGGACGCCACAGAAGAGUCUGACCUGGCCCAGCAGUAUGGUGUCCGUGGCUACCCCACAAUCAAGUUCUUCAAGAAUGGAGACACAGCCUCCCCAAAGGAAUAUACAGCUGGCAGGGAAGCUGACGACAUUGUGAACUGGCUGAAGAAACGCACAGGCCCAGCAGCCACAACCCUGUCUGACACUGCAGCUGCAGAGUCCUUGGUGGACUCAAGCGAAGUGACAGUCAUCGGCUUCUUCAAGGACGCAGGGUCAGACUCCGCCAAGCAGUUCUUGCUGGCAGCAGAGGCUGUUGAUGACAUACCUUUUGGAAUCACUUCCAAUAGCGAUGUGUUUUCCAAGUACCAGCUGGACAAGGAUGGGGUGGUCCUCUUUAAGAAGUUUGAUGAAGGCCGCAACAAUUUUGAAGGUGAGAUCACCAAGGAGAAGCUGUUAGACUUCAUCAAGCACAACCAGCUGCCUUUGGUCAUCGAGUUCACUGAACAGACAGCUCCAAAGAUUUUCGGAGGUGAAAUCAAGACACAUAUUCUGCUGUUCCUGCCCAAGAGUGUGUCUGACUACGAUGGCAAAUUGAGCAACUUCAAGAAAGCGGCCGAGGGCUUUAAGGGCAAGAUCCUGUUUAUCUUCAUCGAUAGUGACCACACUGACAACCAGCGCAUACUUGAGUUCUUUGGCCUGAAGAAGGAGGAAUGUCCAGCUGUGCGGCUUAUUACCCUGGAGGAAGAGAUGACCAAGUACAAGCCAGAGUCAGAUGAGCUGACAGCUGAGAAGAUCACAGAGUUUUGCCACCACUUCCUGGAGGGCAAGAUCAAGCCCCACCUGAUGAGCCAGGAACUGCCUGAAGACUGGGACAAGCAGCCAGUAAAAGUGCUAGUUGGGAAAAACUUUGAAGAGGUUGCUUUUGAUGAGAAAAAGAACGUGUUUGUUGAAUUCUAUGCCCCCUGGUGUGGUCACUGCAAGCAGCUAGCCCCGAUUUGGGAUAAACUGGGAGAGACAUACAAAGACCAUGAGAAUAUCGUCAUCGCUAAGAUGGACUCAACAGCCAAUGAGGUGGAAGCUGUGAAGGUGCACAGCUUUCCCACACUCAAGUUCUUCCCAGCAAGUGCAGACAGAACGGUCAUUGAUUACAACGGUGAGCGGACACUAGAUGGUUUUAAGAAAUUCUUGGAGAGCGGUGGCCAGGAUGGAGCAGGGGAUAAUGAUGUGAGUGUGGCCAGCUCGGGUCCUUGUGGGAGGUACUAAGCUUGGGCUUUGAUAGAGACUUCGGUGGCCAUGUAACAGGCACAGCUGUGACACCCUAGACUUUGCCUUUGGUUUGAGAGACGUACUCUACAGUCACCACUUAAAACAGCCAGGGCUUCAAAGCCAUCCUAUGGGGUUUCUCUGUAGCCCUGGCUGUCCUGGAACUCACUCUGUAGACCAGGCUGGCCUCAAAUUGAGAGAUCCACCUGCUUCUACCCCCUGAAUGCUGGAAUCAAAGUUGUACACCACCACUACCCGGCUGAUUUCUGCUAACGUGUACUUAAACUUCUAGCCAAUCGUCUGUUGUUUGCUCUGAGGGUAUCACACACUAAUUAGUUACUGUGUGCAGUGCUGAUGGCCCUAGACUGGAGGGUGGGCAUGGGCUGCCUUUCAGUAGAUCUGUACCUAGAGAGGUCAGCUUAUAACCACCAUUAACCAUGGUGUUGAUAAUAUGGAGGAAGCAGAAGGCAGGUCAGGAUUUAAUAGGGUGGAACUUGAAGGCAUGUGUCCUUGAGGACCACCUAGAAGUCCUACUGAAGCGAGAGGUAUACUGGCCCCAAGAGAUCUGUCAGGGAAUGGAGUAAGUGCUGUGUCCUGUGGCCAGGCACUACCACACACAGCCUGGGAAAGUAACCAACAGCUACUGUGCUUCAACUUGUGCUGGGCCUGUUGUCCCUGCCAGGUCUGGGACUCUGUAGGUUCCUAGAACCAUGCCCAGUUGGAAGUUAGGUUUAGCUGGGGUUCCUAACUGGAAGACAUGCCCUAUACACAGAAGCCUUAUGUCUUAUCAUACUUAGAACCUCCAUCAACCAAGCCAGCGCUGGUGAUGGUGGCCAGGUCCUUUAUGACCCACCAGGCCUUAGUGUGAGGGCCGGUUUCACUGAGGGCAGCCACAGUGCAGCUUUGGUCCUUUAACUGGCCUUUCCUGCAUCCAGGACCUCGACCUAGAAGAAGCUUUAGAGCCAGAUAUGGAAGAAGACGACGAUCAGAAAGCUGUGAAGGAUGAGCUGUAGUGCAGAAGCCAGAUCUGGGCGCCUGAACCCAAAACCUCGGUGGGCCAUGCUCCCAGCAGCCCACGUCUCCGGAGCCUGAGCCUCACCCCAGGAGGGAGCGCCAUCAGAACCCAGGGAAUCUUUCUGAAGCCACACUCAUCUGACACACGUACACUUAAACCUGUCUCUUCUUUUUUUGCUUUUCAAUUUUGGAAAGGGAUCUCUGUCCAGGCCAGCCCAUCUUGAAGGGCUACAUUUUGUUUUAAUUGGUGGUGUACUUUUUUGUAUGUGGAUUUUGUCCCAAGUGCUUGCUACAAUAUUUGGGGAUUUCACACUGGUAAUGUCUUUCCUGUUAGAGAGGUUUAUGCUAUCACUUCAGAUUUCGUCUGUGAGAUGUUUCAUCUUCCUGACAUGUCUCCAUGUCGAGGUACUUGUUCCACCACGCAGACCUCCCUGAGACCCCUUCCUGCCCUGCGCAGGAGGCGAUGGAUCUGGGUCAUACGCUCUCUCUCUCUCCACCUUGUACUAGUGUUGCCAUGACAGCAUGGCUUUUGUAGUUUGCAUUUAACCUGGGGAUUUCUGCAUCCUGUCAGAGGGUGGGUCCCCACGUGUGGAAAAGAGACAGUGUGGCUUGCUGCCAGGCUCAGGCCAGGCCUGGAUAGCUCUCACUCUCCUUAAGCCAGAACUACCGACCAGCCGGCCGGCUGUGGGCACAUUACUCUGGCUGCUGGACCCUCUUCCAGCAUGGCAUGUGGCCUGCGUGAGGCAGAACUGGGACCCUUGAUUCCCAGACUGGGAGUCAGCUAAGGACACUGGGGCUGAAUGAAAUGCCCAUUCUCAAGGCAUUUCUAAACCAUAAUGUUGGAAUUGAACACAUUGGCUAAAUAAAGUUGAAAUUUUACUACCCA